AUGGUCACAGGUUGCAAGCUUAGUAAAGAAGAUGAAUCUCCUAAUGCGAAUCAAACUCAAUAUAGAUCUAUGAUUGGGAGUCUUCUCUAUGUGAAUGCUACAAGGCCAGACAUUAUGCAAGUUGUUGAUGUGGUUGCAUGGUAUCAAGAAGCACCAAAGGAAACACAUGUGCAAGCAGUGAAAAGAAUCAUCAAGUAUUUGAAAGGUACUAUGGAUUUUGGGUUGUGGUACCCAAAGGGUGAUUAUUUCACUCUCAAGGAAUACAUAGAUGCAAAAUGGGUGAGUGACACGGAUGAUAGAAAAAACACUAGUGGAGGGGCUUUCUUCCUUGGCAACAAUCUUGUAACUUGGCUAAGCAAGAAACAAGCUUUAGUGUCUCUAUCUACUGUAGAGGCAAAGUAUAUUGCAGCAGCAUGUUGUACCUAA